CGCAACCCGUCGCGUCUCCAAUCGACCUCCGUACCGUCCGUCCAAAAACCCAUUUCUCCAGCCCUGGCGAUCAUUUCUUGGAGCUGGCACGAUCGGGCGCGCAUUCACUCUGAACUACCCGAAGGAGAAAUUAGCUGACGAAAGAGGGAAAUGGGGGUGAUGGAGAAGUUGAAGAUCUUCGUUGUCCAGGAGCCGAUCGUGGCGGUGUCUUGCCUCAUCGGUGGAAUCGGCCUGUUCCUCCCAGCUGUCGUUAGGCCAAUCUUGGAUUCUUUUGACUCGGCCGAGCAAGUACCGCCACCACAACUCAGUGAAGUGGUUGCUGGUGUCACCGGGAAGAAGCAACGAGAUUGACUCCAAUGGUUUCAUCAAGUUUACUGCUUUUGCUUUUGCACAUUUUUCGUGCAUAGCUUUGCUACGCUUAAAUAAAUAUUUACAUGUGAAGUUGUACUGCAAUUUGAUCAGUACACGGAUUGCUUUUGCAUCUGCAAAUACUAUUAUUCUAUGCGAAGAAGAUGGUCCAUAGCUUGGUGAAAGUUCGAUUUGAAUAUAUCUUGACAUUAUUAAA